AACCCUUGCAGCACCUUGUUUUACACAUUUAACAUAGUCUAAAAUACCAUUACAUUCAUAAUGCCGGCGGGGAAGAACUUCAGGAGGAGGAGAGACUCAUCUGAUGUGGAGGAUGAGGAGGAUGAAGUGACCCGGGAAGUCAGAUCAAAGGUGGAGGAGGCGAAAGAAAUACAAAGUCUCCGUAGAAGACAAACUGGGAUCAGUCUUGCUGCUUUGCUGGAGGGCGAAUUGCUACCGCCGGGGGGAGAGCUUGAUGAUGACCCCUUUAAAUUGAAGACCGGUGGGGUUGUGGACAUGAAGAAAAUGAAAGACAGGAACAGAGACACAGGAGAAGAGGAGAAGGACCUCAGCCUUGGCUCAUCUUUCUCCGCUGAGACCAACAGAAGAGAUGAGGAUGCAGACAUGAUGAAGUACAUCGAGACGGAGCUGAAGAAGAAGAAGGGGCUGGUAGAGGCGGUGGAGCAGAAGGUCAUCGUGAAGACCGCAGAGGACCUUCUCUACGAGCUUCCAGAGAACAUCCGUGUCAACUCUGCCAAGAAGACCGAAGAGAUGUUAUCCAAUCAGAUGCUGAGCGGAAUCCCUGAAGUGGACCUCGGCAUCGAUGCAAAGAUUAAGAACAUCAUUUUUACGGAAGAUGCAAAAGCCAAGUUGAUAGCAGAGCAAAGAAACAAGAAGAAAGACCAAGGCACAUCAUUUGUGCCGACAAACAUCGCUGUCAACUACGUUCAACACAACCGCUUCUAUCGCGAAGAUCCAAACGCAGCUCAGCGGCACCACAGGCACCACCGCCCAGAGGAGCCCAAAGCGAGACCACUGCGGGUUGGAGACACAGAGAAACCGGGUCCAGAGGCGGCCCCAUCCCCGCCCAACUACCGCAAGCGGCCCAACAACGAGAAGGCGACUGACGACUAUCACUAUGAGAAGUUUAAGAAGAUGAAUCGGCGGUACUGAUGACUUGGGAUGUCCCAACUGUCUUCUGAAGAAGCCCAGCGUAUUGAUGCACAAGUAAACCUUUAUAAAAAGGCCCGAUGUAAAUACAUGUCUUUUAAUAUUAGUUCCCGUAGAUUGCCAUUCCUUAGAACAAUAACAGUCAAGAAUUGUUGAGCUUAACUAUUGGUCAAAGAUUUUAAACGUGUGUAUGUGUUCAUAUUUGGUAUGUUAAAUGUGUUUGACCAUAGAAAAGUGUUUUCUUUAAGGGAUAUUCAGUAGUUUUGGCAACCUUAAGUUCAUUAAUUUACAUUCUGAUGACUUGUAAUUAUUAAAACGUAAAAGUUUGAUGAUGAAACAACCAAAUCGAUUUUUUUUAUUACUUAGUGUUUUAUUACAAAAGCAAACAAACAAGUCAGAUUACAAAACUUAAUAAAAUUGUAAGAUUUACCAGAUGAA